AGCGUCGCUGACCGUUCCGCUUAGACGAAAAUCACGCGUUUGGCAUGUAGGAACUUGUUUACCUUUCCAAUCGACUCUCUCGCAUCGUACCCGUUCACUUGCAAACACACACUUCACAUCGGUCUCCUGCUGGUGCUGUUGUUUUACUUUUUCUUGUAUUGUAUUCGCGCGAGCGACGUAUACUAAACUCGCAAUUCCGACCAUUGCCUCCACCCUCUGGCCUUCUGCCCACCUAUAGCUGCUGUUUCGGCCAUUUCAAGUCUCACAAAAAAAGAAAAGAAAAGAGGAAAACCCAUUUCGGCGAGAUGGUGUCAGACCAGGAGACAAACCAAUUGCGUUAUCAGUAUUCUCCCAUAAGUCCGGCAGUCGGGAGAGAAGAACAAAUCGUUGCUGGCCAAGAAGAGGAGGAAGUUGUUGGCGCAGCAGAAGAGGAAGUCCAGGCCAUGCUGGACAACGUCAAAAGUGUCGCUCCCAUCAUCGGUGCCAUUAGUGGAUCGCUGCAGCCCGUCAAGAAUCAUUCAUCAACGGCGUCGUCGAUGGAAAUCAAAUUGUACGCCCGACGAUGGGUCAUGCUCAUCAUUUUCGUUCUCGUCUUUAUGACCAACGCUUUCCAGUGGAUUCAGUUCUCCAUCAUCAACAAUUUAAUCACAAAGUAUUAUGGCGUCGAGAGCUCGACUGUUGACUGGACCAGUUUGGUUUUCAUGGUCGCCUACAUUCCCUUAAUUUUCCCUGGGGCCUGGAUCAUGGACAAGAUGGGUCUGAGAGUGACGUUAUUGCUCGGUGCUUUCGGAACGACAGCCGGAGCCUGGACAAACGUCAUGAGCGUCGCUCCCGAUCGAUUUUACGUCGCCCUAAUGGGUCAAACGCUUUCGGCAACGGCCCAGGUCUUCCUUUUAGGAGUUUCUCCCAACGUAGCGGCAGUCUGGUUUGGCCCGGAACAAGUUUCUUCAGCUUGUGCCAUUGGCGUCUUCGGUAGUCAGUUCGGUAUCGCUCUGGGUUUUCUCAUCCCACCCAUUUUGGUUAAGGAUCAUGAACUUAAGGAAGCCAUUGGCGACGAUUUGCUUUUCAUGUUUUACAUCGUUGCCGGAGUCUCCACUCUCUUACUGCUGACCGUUAUUAUCGUUUUCCAAGCCAAGCCAAGCUUGCCACCGAGCACGGCUCGCUACCUGGCGGCCCAACAGCCUUCGCCCACCCCGUUGACCUACUACCAGUCCGUCAAACGGAUUGUCACCAAUCGGAAUUACAUUUUGCUCUUGUUCACUUACGGCAUCAACGUGGGAGUGUUUUACGCCAUGUCGACCUUGUUGAAUCAGGUCGUUCUCCAACACUUUCCGGGCGAAGAGGAAAAUUGUGGCCGAAUAGGAUUGACUAUCGUCUUGUGCGGUAUGGUUGGCUCGGUCCUGUUUGGCUUCAUUCUCGACAAGACCCAUAAAUUUAAGGAAACUACUCUAGCUGUCUACAUUUUCGUUUUGGCCAGCAUGGCCGCCUAUACUUUCACCUUCAAGUUGGAUCACAUUGCCAUAACUUUCGUCACGGCCGGAGUUACGGGGUUUUUUAUGACGGGAUACUUGCCAGUGGGAUUUGAAUUUGCAGCUGAAUUGACCUAUCCGGAACCCGAGGUGACGUCAGCCGGACUGCUGAAUGCCUCGGCCCAGUUCUUCGGCAUCAUUUUUACUAUUCUCGGCGGAUGGUUAUUGGCAAAUUACGGCUCUCUGGUUUGUAAUGGAACAAUGCUGGGCGCUUUGUUGGUGGGGGCCGCUCUGACGCUGCCCAUUCGGGCCGAAUUGAAACGUCAAAAGGCAAACCAGACGGGCGAGGAAUCGAAAGAUGCCAUUAAAGACGGCAAUCCUUGACUUUGGCUUUGUAUUUAUUGAACAAUCAUUUCUGGAAAUUUAUAUUCGAGAUGCAUCUCUCUCUCCAACUUUCCAUAUUUAUAUUUGUCGUUCCAUUUCUAAUAACAAUAAGGGUUUAAUUUUUUAUAAUUCAGUGAAAUUCAUUGAAAUGUCCGGUCCAUUUGUAUUUCUCAUAUAUUUAAAUUAAAUUAAUUUGUUUCUCUGCGGUAAUAGUUUGAAUUUGUUAAAAUGAGAAUAAACGCCAUUCACAAUCUGA